CGGGGUGGGGCCGGGCUGCGAGGUGCCGCCGCAGCCAGCCGGUCGGGAACGCGCGGGGAGCCGGGUGAUUGAGACCCCGGGUGAGAGCCGCUUACCUGCAGUCGUCGCCCACAGCUGGGCCGCCACCAUGGCGCUUCUGCUGCGUUUCGUGCUCCUGUGCGGAGUCGCGGAUUUCGCCAGAAGUUUGAGUAUCACUACUCCUGAACAGAUGAUUGAAAAGGCCAAAGGGGAAACUGCCUAUUUGCCGUGCAAAUUUACCCUCGGUCCAGAAGACCAGGGACCUCUGGACAUCGAGUGGCUGCUAUCACCAGCUGAUAAUCAGAAGGUGGAUCAAGUGAUUAUUUUAUAUUCUGGAGACAAAAUUUAUGACGACUACUAUCAAGAUCUCAAGGGACGGGUACAUUUUACAAGUACUGAUCUCAAAUCUGGUGAUGCAUCAAUAAAUGUAACAAAUUUACAGUUGUCAGAUAUUGGCACAUACCAGUGCAAAGUGAAAAAAGCUCCCGGUGUUGGAAAUAAGAAGAUUCAGCUGACAGUUCUUGUUAAGCCUUCAGGUACAAGAUGUUACAUUGAUGGAUCAGAAGAAAUUGGAAGUGACUUUAAACUAAAAUGUGAACCAAGAGAAGGUUCACUCCCAUUACGAUAUGAAUGGCAAAAAUUGUCCAACUCACAGAAACUGCCCACCUCAUGGUUACCAGAAAUGACUUCACCUGUUAUAUCUGUAAAAAAUGCCACUACCGAAUACUCUGGGACAUACAGUUGUACGGUCAAAAACAGAGUGGGCUCUGAUCAAUGCCUGCUACGCCUGGAUGUUGUUCCUCCGUCAAAUAGAGCUGCGACAAUUGCAGGAGCUGUUAUAGGGAUUUUGCUUGCACUAGUGCUCAUUGGUCUUAUCGUCUUUUGCUGUCAUAAAAAGCGCAGAGAAGAAAAAUACGAAAAGGAAGUUCAUCAUGAUAUCAGGGAAGACGUGCCUCCUCCAAAGAGCCGUACGUCCACUGCCAGAAGCUACCUCGGCAGCAAUCACUCAUCCCUGGGAUCCAUGUCUCCUUCCAACAUGGAAGGGUAUUCCAAGGCUCAGUAUAACCAAGUGCCAAGCGAAGACUUUGAGCGCGACCCUCAGAGUCCGACUCUCCCAACUGCUAAGGUAGCUGCCCCUAAUCUCAGUAGGAUGGGAGCGGUGCCCGUGAUGAUUCCAGCACAGAGCAAGGACGGGUCCAUAGUGUAGAGCCUCUGUACCCUUCAUCUGUGCUCUCCUCUUGAGAUGUGAACACCUGUUUUAAUUUUUGCUACCAGCCUCAAAAAAAAAAAAAAAAAAUAUAUAUAUAUAUAUAUAUAUAUAUAAAGUUAACCAAAAACUGUAGGAUAAUACUUCAAAAAGUUUUGUUUGGUUAUAUUGAAAUAGUAAAGGCAUUAAAGUUCUAAGGACAAAUUCACCAUCGAAAUAAUAUUUCCUUUAAGAGCUUGACUUUAUAGGUUUCUGACUAUCAAUACUUAAGUCAGCUGUGGCACUUUGAAUAUGAGAUCAUAGGCGAAGAAAUAAAUUGGUGAACUUACAUGCAUACCAAGUUGAUACUUGAAUCAUCUGAAAGUGGUACUUUAUAAUUUCUGUUAUUUUUAUAUUGUUUUUUUCAAUUAAUUUAUGACCCAGUAGUGUCCCCCCACCACCCCCUGCCAAAAUUGGUAAAGGAAGAUUCAUGGCAAAAAUACUUAACGUAGAUUUAUGUUUGUUCUUGUUUUUGCUUCUUUGAAAACUCUGAAUGUGUUUGAAGAGUCUCUAAUAACUAGAAAACACUACUAGAAGUCACUAGUUCUGAGUAAUUCGUAAGCCUUGUAUAUGAAAUGACUUAAGUAUUUAAUUGCUAGAUUGCUGUGGGCAGCAGGGACAUAGUAAGCUCUUUGGUAUGCUAAAAUUAAGGAGCAUUUAUCUGAUUCAUUUAGAAAAUUUGUUGUCAGCUACAUAUAGCGAUGAUACUAGUGGCGGAGUUGUGAGGAUGAAUUUUGUUGAUUGAUGUUCCAGUGCCCUGAGGCCUGUGGUGGUCUUCAGAACAGUGAUCUGCUAUCAAGGAAGUGUAGUAUUUUGCAAUUCCCAAGAAAAUGCUGGUCCUCCACUUUAGGUGAUAGUUUUCUAAGAAGAAAAAAUUAUAACUCAUUUAUUAUUUGACAAUUACAGAUUGUAAUUCCAUAAUUAUUGGUUCUAAAUUUAAAUUCUUUUCUCCUGGUUCAGUGUUUUGUUUUUGUGAUGGUGUUGUACAUUAUAUGUUCUAGAAAUGUAAUCUUAAAUUACCCUCUUGAAUGCAGUUCCUGGAGGAUAUUUUCUUCGUAGACUUAGAAUGAUGAAAUACACUUUAAACUAGUAAGUGUCCUCUAUCAAUUCUGUGUUUCAGACUUGGGAGGAUGUACAGUUGCUAUUGUAUGGCCAGCAUGUCUUGUGUAGUUGCAGAAAAUCAAGCUGAGCUUUGAAAAGUUUGUCUUAGUUUUGUGGAAGUGACUUAAUCUUUAAAAAAAAAAAAAAAAAGAAAAGAAAAAAAGAAGAGAGAAAUGAAAGGAAAAGGAAUACUCCUACCUGCCAAAUGUGUUAAGUACUGUUUUAGUAGAUGAAAGUGAAUUUAGUGUACUUUCCUUAAGAUUGUGAGGGAGUGUGGAUUGAGUAGAAUGAACCACCAGUUUCUUUAUAGUAAUACGGUCUGCGGUAAAUUAUUUCACUAGCUCUGAAACCUUUUCCCUAGAUUUUAGUAGGGAGUUGGUUUCUGUUCAUCUCUUUGGGUGCUGUGGUGGUAAAUGCUACAUUAUAAAUUAAUGUUGGCAUGAAUUUAUGAUUAGGCAGAGUAUUGUAUACACUUUUUAAUGGUAAAUUGAAGCUGAAUGUGUAAUGGAUUCGUGUAUAGUUUUACAUAUUUGGAAGCAUUUUAAAAAUAGGUUUUUAACAUUACAUAAUAUUGCUUUUACUCUGGUGUUAACGUUUUCAUCUGUGCCUUUUGGGUAAUUUAGUUUUUAUUAUGAAUUUCUGGUGCCUAUGAGCUAGCUAUCGCCUGAAAGGUGCUUAGAGGUGAAGGUACUGUUCCUAAAAAUGCACCACUGUGAUACCUUUCUAUCCUCAUACUUUCAGUCUUGCCUCUUUUCUGAUCUUUUUGGAUGCAAGUUAACUGAUUGUGUUACUCAUAAAGUUUUUAAAAUUUCAACAUCCCCUACACUCUUGACUGUGUUUCUGAUUUUAUAAUAAUAACUAUUUUUGAAUACCAGGCCUCUGGUCUGUUUCAUAUGAAUAAAAUUUAUAAGAUAUUAUAAAAAUAAAUAGCAGAGCACAGACAUUACUAAUAAAAAUUUUGGUCCUCUCUAGUCCCAGUUUUCAUAUAAUGAAAAUUAUGCUAUCGAUCUAAGUAGAAAUUACUACAAAAGGUGGACAUAUGUAAGGCUUUCCUUCCCUUAGACUUCAUAGUUAGUCUAGGAUUUGGUUAUAAGUAAAUCAGAAUCUCUUCCAGAAAUGCUUCCUUCCAGUUCAGGGCCAUUACCACCUACAGCCUGAGAAAGGAGCUUGGAAAAAAAACUACUUUUGUAACCUGAAGAGACCUACUGGAUGUGGUUGAGUUUAGAGGACAGAACUCAGUUUUAGGUUUCUGUCUCCAGCUACUCAUUGUAAAUUUCAGUGAAUCCAAAAGUCAAAUAGUACUGAUAACUUCCUAAAUAAUUCUCAGUGGUAGUUUCUGGUGAACUAGAGAUCAAGUAUUUGUUCUAGAAUUACUAUUGGUAAUCAUCAAGCAAGUCAACAAAAAAAUGUUAUUCAAGCAUUUCCACUAGAAGCCAAACAUCAGUCAAGGACGGCACUGAACCUUCAAAGCAAAACUCUUCCAUUCUACUUUAUACCUAAGAGACUUGACACCAUCUUUCUGAGUUAUGCAGGAUAACUUCAAAAGAAAUAUCAUAGAGGAUGUAAUUCUGUGCUUUGAAUAUGUAGAUUACAGGUUUCUUUCUCUUAUGGCAGCCUUACUAAUAUUUCCCUGUUAGAAGGCCAAAAACAAAAACCUUAUUGAUAAACAGGCCAAAUAACUUUCUUUAAAUUUGGGCUAUCUGCCGGGAAGUUGUUACAAUGGAAACACAGACUGUGUCUUAGGGGGAGGUUAAUUCAAGAAACACAAUUAGAUUAUUGGUAUGAAUUAGUACCUGGUUUUUAUUAAAAAGGUAAUUUUUAGGAUUGAGUUCUGGAAAUUUGGAGCAAGUGAAGGGGCAAAUAAACAUUUUGAUUAAAUAUGAAAAGAACUCAUUGCAUGAAGUUGGAUGUCAAAUUCUGUAAUGUAUGGCUUCUUAACUAUUCUCUGUCUUUCUGUGUGCGUGCAGCAUGUAAAUCUGAAGUUAUAUGAAUGUUUAAAGUUUUUUUUCUAAUCUUGUUUCAUCUCCACAGUGUUUAGGGCUUUCAGAUGCCUUAUUCCAGUGUGAACAGAAAAAGUCCUUAUUUUUUGUGGUUACUGCUUUGAUGUGUCAUGUAAGGAGUGGUUUGUAGAAAAUGUUGGCAUAAUUUUAACUUUUUAGUGGCUUGUGACAUUAUAUAUUAUACAUAUGUAUAUAUAUCUUUAUAAUAUUCCUGUGUUUAGUAGUAUAAAUGUUCUGGGCAAGUUUUAAUAUUUCAAAUGCCUUUGAGUAUUCUUGCAAUAAAGGCAACGUGUUCUGUAGUUAGGUUUUUUUUUACUCAUUUGACACUAAAAUGGUCUAUAACUGAGCACAAAUUCUACCUAAUAGAAGCAGGAAAGAAUAAUAAAUAAAUUGGUGAAUUGUGGUUCUGUUUAUCUUAUGGAUGGUAACACCAGCAAAUAUUUGCUGCAUCUGGCUUCUCACUGUUCAUUAAAAUCCAGUUUUACAAAAUACCCUAUUUUGUAAUUUCAGAGUGUGGUGUGAAUAUCAGUUGGAUUUGGUUUUGACCCUGAACACUAAAAGCUCCAAAGAACUCUGUUUUCUACUAACUUAAUGACACAAGUGUUAAGAGAACCGCAAUUCACUGAUUCACUGGUUUUCAUCCCUAACUGUGAAUUUCUGUGACAAAUACACUUAUACUACUGAGAAGUAACAUUUUGACACUUCACAUAUGCAAGUAGAGAAUUGAUAGUGUCAGUUUCAAAAAUGAUUUUUUGUAUUUCAAGUUUCUGGCUUAAAUAUCCAAUGGUGCAGAUUUUGAAAUUUGUAAGAACAAAAUUUGGUUUUAAAAAAAGCCAAAAACUUGCUCUGGUUUUGUGACCUUGUGUAGCUUUAAAAAAAAAUAAAAUCAAGAAAGCAGUUUUCUGCCUCAUGGUGUGGCUUCAUUGUGCCUUUUAUUAAAAAAUGUCUCCUUUAUAAAGCUUCAUUAUACUGUUCCUCCCUGCUUUUCUGAGCCAGGGUU